AGAGAACCACGCACAGCGGAAGUGUUGGGAACCAGGAACCGCAGGGAACACGGCACUGUUACGGGCAUGGUCUGGCGAAGAGCCGCCAACUGAGUAAACACAGCUCGUCCAUCCUGAUACACCCAUCCAGGGAAACAUGGGAGGGUCUCCAAGCGUCGAGAUACCGGGCGGAGGAACGGAAGGCUACCACGUCCUGAGAGUGCAAGAGAAUUCCCCCGGUCACCGUGCAGGACUGGAGCCAUUCUUUGAUUUCAUCAUUUCUAUUAGUGACACUAGGCUGAAUAAGGACAAUGACACCCUAAAAGAAAUGCUGAAGAUGAACGUGGAGAGGCCCAUCAAGAUACUAUUGUACAGUAGCAAGACGCUGGCCGUGAGGGAGACAACCGUCACACCCAGCAACCUGUGGGGCGGCCAGGGGCUUCUGGGAGUCAGCAUUCGCUUCUGCAGCUUUGAAGGAGCCAAUGAAAAUGUUUGGCAUGUCUUGGAAGUGGAACCAAAGUCUCCCGCAGCUCUGGCUGAUUUGAGGGCCCACGCUGACUACAUUAUAGGAGCCGACACCAUCAUGAACGAGAGUGAAGAUCUGUUCUCCGUGGUGGAAACACAUGAAGGGAAGCAGUUGAAGCUGUACGUUUACAACACAGAUACGGACAACUGCCGCGAGGUGGCCAUCACUCCGAACAGUGACUGGGGUGGGGAGGGCAGUCUAGGAUGUGGGAUUGGCUAUGGCUACCUGCACAGGAUUCCUACACUGCGAUUCGGAGAAGGCAAGAAUAUCAGUUUCUCUGCACAGACUCCCAGUGAACCAGCUUCUCCACCUAAAGAUGGCUUCACAGAGGUCCAUCUCUCUGCCGUCAUUCCAACCGUUCCAGUUGCUGUGUCGUCUUCUUCUGCUUCGACCGGAUUCGAGAAGUCUCUCGCCGGCUUGUCAGUCAGCUCUAACCCGACCACAGGAGCUACUACUGUCCCACUGCCCCGCCACGUCCCCUCCUCACCAAGCGCUCCGCUGUCUGUCAAUCCUGCUGUCACAUUACCAGGUUUAAUGCCCUUACCUGGAGGUCUUCCACCCUUUCCUCAUUUACCAAAUCUAAAGAUCACCUUGGCAGACUUGGGCAACAUAUUGCCACGUGGAGUUGGUGGAUUAAAACAUGCAGGUCCUCCACCUCUCUCGCUGCCAGGUGUGACUCUGCCUCCUCCCGACUUUGUUUUCCCCCCGAUCGCUGCUCCUGUGGUCACACUGGAUCCCACAUGUCCCUCCUCCGCUAUCCAAAUGAACAGUUCCCUGACCAGAGCCCCCAUCCCAUCAUCAGUGGCCACCUCUGAGUCAAUAAAUAUCACAAUGACUGCAGACUCAUCUUAGCAGAGAGCAGCUUUUAAGGUUGUCGGCUUGCUCUUAAGUCUUAACACGAUAUAGCCUUGCUGCGACACUCAGUUGACAAAUUGUUACGAUUGUUGUACGAGGUCUCGAGGAUACUGCAACCUGGUGCUGGUCUCACAUGAAGAGUGAAUGUGUCCAGCAACAGCAGUCCUGCACCUUAAGAGCAGUUUUUUGAUGGCAGUAGAAGGAAAAUUACAAGAAGCCUUCAGACCUGAGCUGAAAUAUUCAAUCUGUUGCAGAACAUUUAAAAAAUAGCUCUCAACUCAAUAGUAAUGUUUUAACACAAACUAUGUGGGCUUUCUUUUUGCUCUGCUCAAAAACAAGUGUGUAUGUGAGUGUAAACUAUGUGGGAAACUGGUUACUUUAAAGUGUGCAAGUCAGUAUCUUUGCUAUCUUUGUUUCUUUAGUGGUCAAACUACUACGGAGCCCUUGAAGGGUCAAAAUGGGAUUUUCUUUUCUGAGCUACUUUUGUGCUCCUUCGCAAUAUUUGUUGCCCCUCUGAUCCACAGGAAGUUAGUGCGUUGGUCCAUUUCUAACAGUUUAGGGAAACUUACAGAAUCAGAUACUACAGAAAGAACAUAACUGCAACAUAACUCUUGUCCAUGAGGCCAAGACCCAACAGUAUACAGCUGCUCUGCCUGGCUGUGGUGGGUGAAGCUGUGGCGAUGGUCAUUGCUCCGCCUACGGUUGCAGUUGAAUCGAUGACACUAUGUUACGGCUGCUGUUCAGCGACUGCUUUACUGCUCCUGUUAAUGCUUUCUCAGCUAAGGUGAAGCCACACAGGACUUGAACCCACAUUGCUUAUAUCAGAUAUGAUGCGUUACCAAUACCUAUAAAUAAAAGGAGUUGAGGAGUACAGGAGAUUCAAUAGUCUACUACAUACUAUAUUCAUAAUACAGCUUUUUUAUGGAUCAGAGGGAAUGCAAAACCAAUAUUACGAAGUUACACAAAGAAGGAAAAAACACGUCACCUUUCAGUGGUGCCUUAAAGACUACUGAAGGUCUUUAAGGGGAAGGCGAGGCAGUAACUUAAUACCUGGGACCUCCCUUUAGAAAAGCAGGUUUGCUAGCUGCAGCACUAUAGCCAUUAAAUGUAUAUAACGAUUUAUGCUUUUUGUAAAGUGAGAUAUCAUUACCUUGAUUAACCUGCUGUAUUUUC